CGAUGCUGUUGCUGUGGAUGACAGUGGUCUCAGCCUCCGCGUUGGCGGCGCCGGCCCCCCCGGCGGAUCACAGGAGGGGAGUAGCCGGGACGCCUAACGUGGUGUUGGUAGUGAGCGACUCCUUCGAUGGAAGAUUAACAUUUUACCCAGGAAGUCAGGUAGUAAAACUUCCUUUUAUCAACUUCAUGAAAGCACAUGGCACUUCCUUUCUGAAUGCCUACACAAACUCUCCAAUCUGUUGUCCAUCACGUGCAGGUAUGGAUGUGCUUAAUAUUAAUGGAAGAAAGUGACUAGACCAUGAAAAUAUAUUCCCAAAUUAGAGGAUUAUUCCAAAACUAGGAUAGUAAAGUCGUA